CCUCCAUUGCUAUAAUUAAUUACCUCCCCCCAAUCCCCGUCUCUACUCCGGAAACCAAACGAACGGUCUACUUCGAGGGAGUUUUGGUCGAUCUUCCUUUUCUCCAGUGACUUCACCCUGAUCAUCUUGUACAUUCAUCUUGUAUCCUACUACUCCCUACUCCCUCCUACUCGCUCAACCCUGGUACACGACUUGUACAUAUAUCUGAUAGAUCUACCGACAAGACCACCACUACCACUACCACCACCACACUACUCCAUUCACAUCCAAAGAUGUUAACUUCCUCUUCAUCCACCGAGUCGACCUCCUCGUCUUCUGGCAGUCCUAUCUCUCAACAUGCCCCCACUCAAGUCUGGCCGACAAUCCCCCGGCGCCGCCCCGUCGAACAGCACAAGUAUCAACAGCGCUACUACUCCACCCCAAUGAGGCACGACUCCCCCGACUCAACCCCGUUACACAUGUACGGACUCGAACAGCGCGAACCCUCCAUCAUGGAGCGCCCCGCCAACAACAAGCUCCUGCGCCGCUUUUCGCACGCCCUCGACGAUAUCAAGGAGGAUCUGACCCUGCAGAUCGACUCGCGCACGACGGCAGAGCGCAGUCGCACCAAACGGCGCCAGUCGAGCGUCAUGUUCGACGGGACCGGCUCCGAGCGCGCCUCCAGCGCCGGCUCCUUCACCGAAGACACUCCCCAGCCGCCGUUCGGCCGGCCCAAAUCCAUCCUCUCGCUCGAAGCCUGGACCCCGCCCGCCCGCCGCUUCAGUCGCCGUCUAUCCAUGUUCCGUUUUACCUCGCAGCGUCGGAAGUUCGAGCCUGGCCAGGGCGCCAGUAUCUCGCAGCCGAAUCUGAUCGGCGCGUCGACGCAGAUUUAGCCACCUCGACCACCACCAAACACUGAGGGUGCUCCCGUCCGUCUCUCCGGAGAGAUAGGAGAGAUACCUUGGUGCCUUGCAUGUCCUCCUCCGAUGCAGCAGCGUCUUGCAGAUGAAGCAGGGGGGGAGAGAGGAUCGACAGGACUCGAACACAUCACAUGCGGGAACACCAACAACUCACAUAUGCUCCAUUCAUUCAUGGGAGCAUUGUCUGG